GGCAGUGUCACACCACGAAAGCAACAGCAAGCAGUCAGCAACCUACGAUCGGUAGAUCUACUAGCGACUGAGUCGCGAUCAGGUAGGCAUUAGCUAGCACUAGCAGCAGCAGCAGCCAGCAGACCGUCGGCAUGGCCAGGUCGUCGUCGUCGUCGUCAGCUCUGGUCGUCGUCCUCGUGGUUCUGGCCGCGGCAGUGGCGUGCUCCGCGACGCGCCCCGUCCCCGCGCAGCAGGAGGCGGUGUCGUCGUCGGCGGCGGAAGACGUGAUGCGGCCGGACACGCUGCAGGAGGGGACGGUGCUGAUCCCGGGGUUGGGCCGCAUCGAGAUCGGCAGCCACUACAUCCCGGACAUCGGCGGGCUGGACCACAGCAUCCCCGCCGCCACCCACGCGCAGUACAUGCCCGGCGCCGACGACACCUGGGUGCCCAACCCCGGCUUCGAGGUCCCCAACCCCUUCCUCCCCGGCGCGGCCACUCCCUGAACACGUACCCGCGCGCGCCGCCGGCGAGAAGGUGGCUCUCUCUCGGCUCUCCAUCGAUCGUCUCGCGCCGCCCUGAAUAAUACCACUAGCUAGCUACUCUACUCGAUCUGCUACGUAUAGCUAGCUAGCUUAGCUAGCCGUGUUUGCCUGCUGCAUGCACGCAUGUAUUUGUGUGGUCCGUCGCACGCAUCUGCUGUCCGUCGUCGUAUUUGUGCAGUUUGUGCUAGCUCCAGUGUGAAGUGUGUGCACGCGCGAAGAGUAGGAAGCAUCAGAUCUUUGGCCCAGCUGGUCUUGGGAGUACUUAGCAGCUUGUUUCACGGUCACUAUUAUUAUUAUUAUUAUUAUUAUUUACAAAUAAAGUUUUGCUGGAUGUAGUUAUCAUAUCUA